CAAGACUCCACUUCAUGUGCUGCUGCACUGCUUGUAACCCGACAGCAAUGGCAUCCUCUCUCUCUCUUUCUCCAUGCUUCAAUAUAAGACCAAGCUCAUCACUUACCAUUUUCACUGCCACAAGCUCUUUCUUGCACUACAAACUCUUCUAUUCUAAUCUUGUCUUAUCUUUUUAUCUGAUACAAGCAUAAAUCCCUCUACUUGCCCAAAAGAAGAAAAUUAAGUUCCUCUAAACUUUGUAUUCAGCCAUGAUUAAUUCAAAGAGGCUCUUGGAGAUAGCACGCAAAUGGCAGAAGAAAGCCAUGAGUCAGAGGACCCUCAAAAGAAAUACCAGUGAUCGAAGGGAUUCAGCUAUUGUCGAGGGCCAUUUUGUGAUUUAUACAGUAGAUGGAAGCCGAUUCAUGGUUCCCUUAGCCUUUCUUAACCGCCCCAUCUUUCGAGAGUUGCUCUUGAUGGCUGAAGAAGAGUUUGGACUCACAGGACGCCAUCCUAUAACUGUGCCUUGUUAUUCAUUUGUGAUGGAGUACAUAGUUUUCCUGUUGAACAAGCAUGCAUCAAAGGAGGUGGAGAAGGCAUUGGUUUCCAUGGCAUGUUGCAGAGCCUCUCAUCCUUCUCUAGCGCUUCAAGCAUUCUCUGAGCCAAUGAUUCUCAAUAGCUUUUGAGGCGUGGUUGUUAAUUGAAAUACUACCCCAAAGAUUCAAUUUGAAGGGACAACUAAACUAUUUCUUGUAUUUGUACAUGAAACUAACAA